AUGGAUACUCAUGACGCAGAUAAAUAUUUGUCGGAUUUAUAUACAAACAGUAAAGGUGAAGCUGCACUCGAAGUAGGUGUAGACCCCGGGUUGCCAGUCAAUGAAUAUAUACAAAUUCCACGUGGUAUGAUGAAGAAGUGGUGUGGAAAAAUCGACACGAUUAGCUGCAAAACUUAUAAUUUAUCUGAUACGGACGAUCAUCUGUGGAUACAUGCAAUACGGUUUUGGAGAGUCCUAGCAGGUAUGGUAGUUUCAUCAAAGAACCAUGAAUAUACUUUUGUCGCAAAUCCGCCAACAAUUGCUCCAAAUGCUCAUGAAUUUGUCAAUUUUGCACUGAAAUAUCAUGGCAAUGCAUGGACUACGGCUGCAGCAUGUACUCCAUCUUGGCGACGCUCAAAUCAUGUUGCAGGUGCGGAAAUAGCAGUAAGUUUUCCAAAGAGAUGGUUACAAGGGGAGGGUUAUUGGAAAACAGGAGGUGAUAAAACGUUUAGAAAUGAACGUCGAAAGAUGCUAGCAACUACAUUCUAUAUAGCUACACAUGCUAUACCUGUGCAUUCGGUGUUAGCUCUAAUGGUGCCAUUAGAUCCAGCACAUUGGGUACAUUUAGAUCCAUCAUCUGGGUGUAUAUGGGAUUGGGAAAUGGGUGCUUCCACGGUCCCUAUGGUACCCCGUACUUAA